CCAGACUUCUUCCGUUCUUUCUUCCCCUUCUACCCAGCUGCCCUCAUUUCCCCUUUCCUCCCUAUUUCUCGAUUUCUCUUUUUCUUUUACAUAAAACACAAGCUUCUGAUUCUUCCGCCUUAACGAACAGCGCAAAGAAACAGGGAAAAAAAAAAAAAAAAAGACGCAGAACAACGAUACAAAACAAACCCUAGACUUCUCCGAGUUUCAAUCUUCUCCCGUAACGACCGUCCUCUCCCCUAGCAUUCCCCUAAAAAAUGGACGGUCAAUCGCCCCGCCCCGACGGAGCAAGUGCUGCUCCGGCGGCGGUGGCGGCGUCGGCGUCCUUGCCUCCAGUUCCGCCUGCCUCGGGGCCGGGGGAUGGCGGGCAGGCCGGGCCUCAAUCGCAAGGUGGGAACGGAGAUGGCGGCAGAGGAGGAGGGACCAGAGACGAUGAGCAGGAAACCAAGAAGGAAGAGGAAGAGGAGUUGAUAGACAGGGCGCAAAGCUUGAUGGACAAGAUCACUCCCGUUCCUGACAACCCCAGUCCCGCCGUGCUUCACGCUCUCGCGUCUCUCCUUGAAACUCAGGAAUCCCUAUAUGUUGAAGAAAAUGGCCGUUCAAGUGUUAAUACUACUCGUGCUUCCCAUAAUAUUGGACGUCUAGGAAACUUGGUCCGGGAGAAUGAUGAAUUUUUUGAAUUGGUGUCUUCUAAGAUUCUUGCUGAAACUAGUUAUUCAACAGCUGUUCAAGCAGCUGCCGCAAGGCUUAUUAUGUCCUGCUCGCUGACUUGGAGUUAUCCUCAUGUUUUUGAUGAACCCGUUAUUGAGAACGUAAAGGCCUGGGUGAUAGACGAGACUGUUAGAUUUCCUGGGGAAGAUCGCAGUUGUAAGGCCGACACAGUGAAGAGAAAGGCAUCAGAUUCUGAAAUGUUGAAGGCUUAUUCUACUGGGCUUCUUGCUGUAUGUUUGGCUGGUGGUGGUCAGGUAGUUGAAGAUGUGCUAACUUCUGGUUUGUCUAGAAAGCUAAUGUGCUUUCUUCGAAAUCGCAUCCUGGGGGAAAGUAGCACAAGCCAGAAGGAAAGUAGCCACUUGAUAGAAGGGAAACAUUCAACUUCUGCCACGGGCAAUAGAGGCAGGGUUCGGCAGGUUCUUGAAGCUACUAAUGAUAAUGUGAAGGUGAUAGAUGAGAGGUCUCUAGAAGAUCAAAUUGUUGAUAGAAAUAAUGAUAGAAGUGUUGUUACUCAACAAUCGAGAGAAGAACUUGGUCAUCGUGGAGAAUUGCCUAAUAUACCAGAUGAAGGAAUCGACGCUUGUGAGGUUGAUGUUGAUGGCAGGGAGAGGGUGCAUGGUAAAGAUCCCCAUGGCGAUGGGAAGGGUAGAGCUGGGGACUUGGAUGAGAGUGGAAGAGAUGAUUCAUUGAGGCGAAGGGCAGCCCGUGGGGUAUCUAGACCGAGAGGGAAGGGACGAGCAAGUGAAGGGGAUCUAGAUAUCGAUCAAGGUUUGACAUCUCCAGGUUCUAAUAGCCGUCCUGGACUUGUGCGGAAUACUAGGGACAGAAGCUUAGUGAAAAGUUUAGAUGGGAGAAAGGGAUCAGAAGGAAGGAAGUUCUCUGGAAGCAUGAAUGUUGAUGGGUUUGCCUGGGAAAGGGAGGAAAAUGAUGACUGCUUCAGGGAAUGCUGGGUUGGAACAAAAGACAUAUCUGAUUUGGUAAGAAAAGCUGUGCAAGCUGCUGAAGCUGAAGCCAGAGCCGCAAAUGCGCCACCGGAAGCCAUCAAAGCAGCCGGUGAUUCUGCGGCUGAAGUGGUUAAGAGUGCUGCCUUUGAGGAAUUUAAAUCCAGCAACAGUGAUGAAACUGCACUUUUGGCUGCUUCUCGUGCUGCUUCCACUGUGGUUGAUGCGGCUACUGCAGUGGAAGUUUCUAGGAACACCAGCAGUGCAGCCAAUGAUUCCGUGGAGCCUGCUAGUAUGGAGAGAGAUGUAAAUGAGGAAACUGAAGAGUAUUUCAUUCCCGAUAUUGAGUCCCUUGCCCAGUUGAGGGAAAAGUACUGCAUUCAGUGCUUGGAGAUAUUAGGGGAAUAUGUUGAAGUUCUUGGGCCUGUCUUGCUUGAGAAGGGUGUAGAUGUCUGUCUAUCAUUGUUGCAACGCUGUUCAAAACAUAAGGAGGCAUCCAAGGCUACGUCGCUAUUGCCUGAUGUCAUGAAGCUUAUAUGUGCAUUGGCGGCUCACAGGAAGUUUGCUGCCCUGUUUGUUGAUAGGGGAGGCAUGCAAAAACUGCUUGCCGUGCCACGAGUUGAGCACACCUACUUUGGUCUUUCUUCGUGCUUAUUUACCAUAGGUUCUCUUCAGGUAAUAAUGGAACGUGUCUGUGCUCUUCCAUCAGAUGUUGUCUACCAGGUGGUUGAAUUAGCUAUUCAACUUCUGGAGUGCUCUCAAGAACAGGCCAGGAAAAAUGCAGCCUUGUUUUUUGGUGCUGCCUUUGUAUUUAGAGCUGUGAUCGAUGCGUUUGAUGCUCAGGAUGGCUUGCAGAAGUCACUUGGCCUUUUAAAUGAAGCUGCUUCAGUUAGAUCUGGUGGCAAUUCAGGUUCACUCAACCUGUCUGGUUCUGCUGGCCUUCGAUCCCCAGCGGAAGUCCUAACAUCAUCUGAGAAGCAGAUAGCUUAUCACACUUGUGUUGCAUUACGACAAUAUUUCAGAGCACAUUUUCUUAUGCUGGUGGAUUCAGUUCGCCCUAAUAAAAACAACCGUAUUUUGGGUAGGAACCUACCGAGUGCCAGGGCAGCAUACAAGCCUCUUGACUUGAGUAAUGAGGCUAUGGAUGCUGUCUUUUUGCAAUUACAGAAGGAUCGCAAGUUGGGACCUGCAUUUGCAAGAGCUCGUUUUCCUGCCGUCGACAAGUUCCUAGGAUUUAAUGGGCAUAUUACUAUGUUGGAAUUGUGUCAGGCUCCGCCGGUUGAGCGAUAUUUGCAUGACUUGCUUCAGUAUGCUUUGGGUGUCCUUCACAUUGUGACGUUGGUCAAUGAUGGCCGCAAGAUGAUAGUAAAUGCUACCUUAAGCAAUAACCGGGUUGGCAUAGCUGUUAUUCUGGAUGCAGCUAAUAUUGCUGGUAAUUAUGUGGAUCCUGAGAUUAUACAACCAGCGCUGAAUGUGCUGAUAAACCUUGUUUGUCCACCUCCUUCAAUUAGCAAUAAACCCUCAAAUAUCGACCGCAAUGUUCCAGAUAGAUCUCUUAACAUCCCCAGCCAGGGUGAUCAAAGAGAGCGGAAUGGUGAGUCGAGCGCAGCUGAUCGAGCAGGCCGCUCCAUUGGAAGUGCUAUGCAAGCAUCUGUUCCUACGACAGCAUCUGGACUGGUUGGCGAUAGAAGGAUAUCUUUAGGCUCUGGAGCAGGUUGUGCAGGCCUCGCUGCGCAGAUGGAGCAGGGGUAUCGUCUGGCUAGAGAGGCUGUACGUGCCAACAAUGGUAUCAAGGUGCUUCUUCAUCUCCUCCAGCCACGUAUAUAUACUCCUCCUGCCGCCCUUGAUUGUAUCCGUGCCCUUGUUUGCCGGGUAAUGCUUGGCUUAGCAAGAGAUGAUACAAUUGCACACAUAUUGACCAAACUCCAGGUUGGUAAAAAGCUAUCGGAAUUAAUUCGAGAUUCAGGUGGGCAUCCUGGAAAUGAACAAAGCAGGUGGCAAGCUGAAUUGGCCCAAGUGGCAAUUGAGCUAAUUGGGAUUGUAACAAAUUCUGGCCGUGCAAGCACACUAGCUGCUACUGAUGCUGCCACUCCUACUUUGAGGCGCAUAGAAAGAGCUGCAAUAGCUGCAGCUACUCCUAUCACUUACCACUCCAGGGAACUGUUGCUCCUCAUUCAUGAACAUCUACAGGCAUCUGGUUUGGCCACAGCUGCUGCUACGCUAUUGAAAGAAGCUCAGUUGACACCUUUGCUAUCCUUGGCAGCUCCGUCAUCUCUCACAUUGCAAGCCCCUAUCCAAGACACUCCUUUCCUACAUUUUGAGUGGCCGUCGGGACGAGCACCCAGUGGGUUUUUGUCUGAAAAUUUGAAACCUACUGUGUGGAAUGAAGAUUGCAGCAUGAAAUGUGAAUCAUCGUCCAUGUCUUCUAAAAAGAAGCAGCUUCUGUUUUCACCAUCCUUUGGAUCCCAAUUCAGAAAUCAACCCGAAGCUGUGGAUUCUAAUCAACCAUCAACCAAGAAGUCAUUCAUCUCUUUAAAGCAACAUCCUGUACAUACAGAGAUGGUGGAAAAAGAAGCCUUAUCUGAAUCUUUGCCGGAGAGCAACAUUGACAAAGAUUCUGUCUUCAAGACUCCGAUUCUUCUCCCGAUGAAACGUAAGUCAUCAGAUGUAAAGGAUCUCCCACUGCCUUCAUCAUCGAAGCGGCUAAACACUGGUGACUAUGGUCUUCUUCGUUCGCCAGUUUGCUCAACUCCAAAUACCGGUCUCAAGUUCAGCUCGGUUGGUGAUUCUGGCUUAUCUAUUACGCCUUUCUCUAAUUUGAGGGACUCGCAUGCUAGGUCAAUACCAUUCAGUGCUAUGGAUUGCUUAGAUGACGGUCAAAAUGCUACAUUGGGUCAACCUGAGCGGUUAACCCUGGACUCAAUUAUUGUUCAGUAUCUGAAGCAUCAACAUCGGCAGUGCCCAGCUCCUAUAACAACUCUUCCACCACUCUCUUUGCUUCACCCCCAUGUCUGCCCGGAACCCAAAAGAUGCCUCGACGCACCAUCAAACGUUACAGCUAGGAUUGGCACGCGUGAGUUCAGAAGUAUAUAUGGCGGGGUCCAUGGAAAUCGCAAAGACAGGCAAUUUGUGUACAGCAGGUUCAGACCGUGGAGAACUUGCAGGGACGAUGCCGGUGCCCUCCUAACCUGUACCGCAUUCGUAGGCGACUCUUCCCACAUUGUGGUUGGUACUCAUACAGGGGAGUUUAAAAUCUUCGACUGCAACAGCAGCAAUGUGGUGGAGAGCUCUGCCGUCCAUCAGGCUCCUUUGAAUCUUGUUCAAUCGCACCGCUCCGGCGGGACUCAGCUGAUACUGUCUUCAACUCCUCAGGAUGUCUCUCUCUGGGAUGCUUCUUCCAUCUCCACGGGUCCCAUGCAUACCUUGGAAGGGGUCAAAGCCGCAAGGUUCAGCAAUUCUGGUAGCAUAUUUGCAGCCUUGUCGACUGACGCCACUCGAAGAGAGAUUCUGCUGUACGAUGUCCAAACCUGUUUACUGGAUUCCACCCUGUCAGAUACGAAUUCGAGUACUACAGGCAGAGGCCAUGUGUAUUCACAUGUACACUUCAGCCCUUCAGAUUCAAUGCUCCUCUGGAACGGUGUCUUGUGGGAUCGCCGGCAAUCUGGUCCUGUUCAUCGCUUCGAUCAGUUCACUGAUUAUGGUGGUGGCGGUUUCCAUCCUGCGGGCAAUGAGGUGAUUAUAAACUCAGAGGUAUGGGAUCUGAGGAAGUUCCGGCUUCUACGGAGCGUACCGUCAUUGGACCAAACAACUAUAAGCUUCAACGCACGAGGAGAUGUGAUUUAUGCAAUCCUGAGGAGAAACCUGGACGACGUGAUGUCUGCUGUCCACACCCGCCGUGUGAAGCACCCAUUGUUUGCCGCUUUCCGGACUUUGGAUGCGGUCAAUUACUCGGAGAUAGCCACUGUGCCGGUGGAUCGUUGCGUUCUCGAUUUUGCAUCGGACCCGACGGACUCGUUCGUUGGGUUGAUCACCAUGGAUGAUCAGGAGGAGAUGUUCUCAUCGGCUCGGGUUUAUGAGAUUGGCCGGAGGAGGCCGACAGAUGACGACUCCGAUCCUGAUGAUGCCGAAAGCGAGGAAGACGAGGACGAUGAUGAGGAUGAUGAUGAUGAGGAUGGAGACAUGGACCCCAUUCUAGGGUCCGGCCUGGGUGGCGAUGGGGACAGUGAUGCGGAUGACUUGUCGAACGACGACGACGAUGACAGCGCGAGUGACCCGGACGAUGAUGAGGACGAUGGUGACUUCAUGAUCGGUGAUGUGGACUUUGAUGGAGGGGGUGGGAUUCUGGAGAUUUUGACGGAAGGCGAGGAGGACGACGACGACGACAGCCAGGUAUUUGAAUCGUUCAGUAGCGGGGAAGAGGACUAUUUGGGGAAUGGGUUCCUCUGAGGCGGGAAAAUGACAUUAGGAUGUAUGUAAAUUAAUGUAAAAUUUGAUUUUAUGGGUGACCUUUUUUUGGGUUUAGGGGAGGGAAGAGAGGUGCAGUUUUGAAGUCUUUGUGUGGAAAUGUAUGAACUGUUUCUGUUGGUUUCCUCAACGGAACGGAACGGAUAGGAUAGGAUGAAAAUUCUUUUGAUUAAUAAUGCAAGAGCUGGCGUGAUACACGAAAUUAGGUACUGCUACUGCUAAUGACAUGAUUGAGAUGGAGGAUUAAAUAUGCCAGUGUGAGGGGGGCAUGAUUGAACAUCGAUGAAGGUAGACUUGUUGUUAAUUAAUACUAGCUUUAUCCCCG